AUGGCUGAUUUGAAAAUUAGGAAUGAAGGUAAGAAAAGAAAUGAAAACUUGAAUGGUAAUCAAGAAGAAUUUCUUGAUGAUUCCGACUUCAAAGUGGAUAAUGAUAGCUUAAAUGGCAACCAGCAAGAUCGUCCUGAUGCUGAUUUAGACGUAGAAAUGAGAGAAAUGGAGGAGUUGAUAGAAAACCCUCCAGAUCGUUUUAUUCUACAAGGACCUCUGCAUGGUCAGUACAAUGGAAUUGCUGGACACAGACCAUUCUUAGGCAUAGGUGCUGCUGGUAAUGCACAAGAACCUCUGCAGAAUCAGCAAAAUGGCAUAGCUGGACAGGGACCAUUUCUAGGCCAGGGUGUCGCUGAUGAAGCUCAAGGACAUUUACAGGCUCAGCGCAAUGGCAUUGGUGGCCAAGGUCCACUGCUAGUAGGCCCGGGUGCUGCUGAUGGAGCUCAAGGCCCUUUGCAGGCCCAGCGCAAUGAUGUCGCUGAACAGGAACCAUUGAUAGUGGGCCAAGGUGCUGCUAAUGGUGCCCGAAGACGUAUUCAGGGUCAGCAAAAUGGCAUCGCUGGAAAUCAGAGACCAUUACAGCACCAGAGAGCUGCUGCUGGUGCCCGAAGGCCUAUGCAGGGUCAACGUAAUUGCUUUGCUGGACAAAGACCAUUACAGCCCCAGAGAGCUGCUGCUGGUGAACGAAGACCUCUACAGAACCUUAACAAUAAUGGUGUUGAAAGACAAGGAAGAAACGCUGGAGGAAGACAACAGGAUGAAGCAGAUCAUCAGGGAAGCCCAGUGCAAGGAAACGCUAGAGAAGAGUUGCCUCUUAGAAACCAAGCUCAAAAUGGUAUGAAACGUGGAAAACGAGGAGUUAGGGGUGGUCGUAAACUAAGAAAAAAAAUUCCACUCAAUCCUUAUCAACAAGGAUUAAAAACGUGGCAGAACUAUUUCUUAACAUGGUAG